GGUGAAGGAGCGAGUAAUAGCAUCAUCAUUGCCUCUCUCUCCUAUCAAAAAUUGAUUUAGAGAGAGAGAGAGAGAGAGAGAGAGAGCGUCGGUCUCCUAGCAAAUUGGAAGUAGGAGGAGGGAGAACGAUGGGGUCAAUAGCAAAGAAGGGAUUGCAGCAGUAUUUGUUUCAGCUUCAGCAUCAUCCUUUGAGAACUAAGGCGAUCACAGCUGGAGCGUUGUCAGCGCUCAGUGAUAUAGCGGCUCAGAAGCUCUCAGGCAUACAGAAACUUCAAAUAAGACGCCUUCUUCUCAAAAUUCUUUUAGGAUUUGCCUAUCUUGGACCAUUUGGACACUUUUUCCAUAUAUUACUGGAUAAACUUUUCAAGGGAAAGAAGGAUUCAAAAACAGUAGCCAAGAAGGUGGUGCUGGAACAGUUGACUUCUUCUCCUUGGAACAACUUGCUUUUCAUGGUUUACUAUGGAUUGGUUAUUGAGGGAAGACCCUGGGUCCAUGUGAAAGCUAAAAUCAAGAAGGACUAUCCUGUGGUGCAGUCUACAUCAUGGACGUUCUGGCCAGUAGUGGGGUGGGUAAAUCACCAGUACGUGCCACUACAGUUCCGCGUCAUCUUCCAUAGUGUCAUUGCGUGUGGCUGGGGAAUAUUUUUGAAUCUACAAGCAAGGUCUAUGGCAUUGACUAAGGGUUAAGUGAAUGGAAGGAAUCCGUCAAUAAGUCUACUGCUUUAGACGAAAUGCCAUGUAUCCGGGCACGUUCUACGUAUGCUAAAAGUUCGUUUUCAUUUUCCCUUUCUGGGAUAUAUUAGCAUAUGUAUAAACUAUAAACAGAAGAGUGGUUGCUUGUGUUGGAGCAAUCUUUAACUUCAAAUAUAGUCAGAGGUGUAUGUUGUUUGUUCUGGAUUGUUGAUGAAACAUUAAAUAUUUUACUGUGAGGUUCUCUUUUAGGUUAAA